AUGGCAGCGCGGUCGGUGUUGGUGCUGCUGCUGCUGUUGGCCGGGACCGCCAGCACCUCCCGCGCGUGUCCCGAACCCCCCCGGCCCGAUCCGCUCCCGGACGGUCCCGGUGCCGCCGUUCCGUCGGGUCCGUCCGCUCUGAGCGCGCUGCUCCGCUCCAUGGGCCGCUCCCGGCACGGCGCUGCCCCGGAGCCGCAGCCGCAGAGGUUUCCCCGUGGGCCGGGGGCCCCUUCGUGGCUCAGCCCCCGCAGUUGGGAUCCCCCGUCUGCUCCAUUCUGGACCAUGGCCACACCUCAGCGCUUCGGCCGCCGCCGCUGAGCCGUCCGUCUGUCUGUCCGUCCCCUGCAUGGAUCCGUCUGUCCGCAGCUCAUCCAAUAAAGCGCUGUCCCCCAAACCCAGCGCUUUUGCCUCAGGCAGGUGGAGAUGAAGGGGGGAAACGUCCCCCCCCCUGCCCCAUAAGCGCCCCCCAAGAACACACCAACACGGGGAGUUACAAACCCCCCCAGCUUUAUUCCUGGGGGCUGCCUGUGCCCAGGGACCCACCUGGGGCUGGGGGGCAGAACAGAGAUCCCCCCCCCCCGUGGCCCUGAGCUCCAUCCAGGGCCCGAAUGUCCGUCCGUGUGUCUGUCAGAGCCGCCCCAGGCUCCGUCCAGGCGCCCACACGGCGUGUUGGUGGAUCUGGGUGUCCAUCAGUGGCACUUUGUGGCUCCAUCCGUCCGUGGGUCCGUCUGCUCAUCCCCGCCUCCAUCCAGGGGACUCCGCCGGGGGUCCAACCGGGGGGGGGGGGG